AUGGCCGAAGAAGCCGCCUCGGCGCCGGAGCCGUCCGCCUCCCAUUUGACGGAGAUGAAUAAGGAGUUACAGUUCCUCCUAUGUGACAAAUGCCACUCAGAGGUCCCACACCCCAAACUCCUGCUCUGCUUUCACAAUCUCUGCUCCCCGUGCCUUGAAAAAAAGCCGCCCGAUCUCUGUGUCAUCUGUGGAACUCCGUACGUCCACCUUGCAGAGACCCCUGAAAAGCAGGAUAACGUGUUCUUUGCCAACCUCCAAGUCAAUUUUGAUCUCUACCAGAAGGUCACUGGGAGCAAAGAGUCGGUUUGUAACAAAUGUAGGAAAGAGGCAAAGUUUUGGUGUUUCAGAUGCAAAGAGUUCCUUUGCCUCUCGUGCUUUCAAUUCCACCAGAGAUAUACGAAGAAAGACAAUCACAAAGCCAGGCCGCUGAAGGACUUCCAGGCAGAAUCUUGCAAGGACUUCCUUUCAACCAUCAGAAUGCCCAACAACAUGUUUUGUUCCAAGGAGGGACAUAGCAGCCAAAUAUUAAGUCUCUACUGCAAGCAAUGUUCUCAACCUAUGUGUGCCAUUUCCACCCUACCGGACAGCAAGCAACAUUGUGACAUCAGCCAGGAAAUACAAUGCAAGCAAGAAUUGCAAAACAUGAACACGGAGCUGAAGGAGAAGAAGAACACUUACGACGAGACCAACAGCAGCCUUAAGAAACUGUUGAUGGACAUGGAACAGUUGAGGAACGAGAUGACGGAGCUGAUCCAGCAGAAGAUAGAGCAGAUGAUCCAGUGGCUGGGAGAAAAGGGCAAAGGGUUCUUAGCCAAAGUAGAAGCCCAUCAUAGCCACCAAGUGCAAGAGGUGAAUAAGAAGCUGCAGGAGACGGAGGGAGUGGUCGAGAGAAUUAAAUCCAGCCAGAGGUUGGUGGAGAAGUUGCAACUCUACGCUUCCCCCCAGGAAGUGUUGGAGAUGCAUCCUUUCCUCAAUAUGUCCAUGGUGGACCUCAAGAAGAAGCAGCCAUCUUCGGUAAGGGGAAUCGAAAUGAGGACUUUCCUGGAAAUCAAGGCCCAACUUCAAACUUUGCUCGACAGAGUGACAAAAAACGAAG